GAAACAUCUAAACCCUCUACAAAUUUAUGGCUAAUGCUCAAACUACUGACCUCGAAAACCCAAGUAGUAGCGAUGCCGGCCCCAUAUCCCGAAUUGAUACAAACGAUGCUGAGGUGUAUAGCGCUUUCAGUGUAGGUCAAAGAUAUAGCAUCUUAGCAAUUGUUGCAACUGCUGGAUUUCUUUCCACACUUUCGGCCAACAUUUAUUUUCCUGCCUUGGGAGUGGUGCAAAAUGAUCUCCACACCACCCCAGAACUGAUCAACCUUACCAUUUCACUUUAUAUGGUGUUUCAAGGCUUGUCUCCAUCCUUUUGGGCACCUCUGGCUGACCUGUGGGGUAGACGCCCGGUAUAUCUUGCAACAACCACAGUGUAUCUAGCGUCCAAUAUUGCGCUAGCCGUGGCUCCAAAUUACGCAUCCGUACUUGUUCUCCGUAUGUUGCAAGCUUUUGGUUCAGGUCCAGUCAUUGCGCUAGGUGCUGGAUGCAUCGGAGACAUUGCAAACCCCACAGAACGUGGCACGUUUUUUGGGAUUUAUACGUCUGGUCCUCAAUUAGCCUUUGUGUUUGGCCCUGUAUUGGGAGGGAUCGUAACUAACUCACUCGGGUGGCGAUGGAUCUUUUGGAUUUUGACUGUACUGGCAGGAGUUCUAUUGCUCUCCAUUGUAUUUCUGCUACGUGAAACUCUAAGAUCGCUGGUAGGCAAUGGCACCGGAUACGCAAAUCCAACCCCAACGCAAUGGCUAUAUAAGCGCUUCAAAGGCACCGAUAAAGCCAGUACUGCUGAUACAAAACGAUUCAGGCAAUUCCCCAAUAUACUGACGCCAUUGACUUAUGCUUUCCAACAGGACAUUGGACUAUGCUUGAUCUACAAUGGCAUGUCUUAUUCAGUGUUUUACGCUAUGCUUGCUGCAUAUUCCAGAUUACUGGAAACGAGCUACAACCUCAAUGAACUUCAUGCCGGUCUUUGCUACAUUCCCACUGGAAUAGGUUGCAUUUUUGGAAGCUUGCUGGAAGGAAAGAUACUGGAUAGAGAUUUCCGCAUUAUAGCUGAACAGCACGGAUAUGAUCCAAAGGUGCUGAAAAGAGGAAAUCUUGAUCUUGACUUUCCAAUAUACAAGGCUCGUUUACGCACAAUCUUAUUCCCACAUUUCAUCUUUGAUGUUACGUUGAUUUUAUUUGGAUUCAUGGUUUAUAUAAAGGCGCCGCUAGCCGUCGUUCUGGUGUUCCAAUUCAUCUUUGGUUACUCAGCAACAUCAAUUUUCAAUGUGUUUCAUACCUUGUUGGUGGACCUGUAUCCAAAGCACACAGCAUCCAUCGCCGCUUCGAAUAAUAUCGUCAGAUGUUUACUUGGAGCUGCAGUGACAGCUGCUAUAGAGCCUGGUAUCGCUGGAAUCGGGGUGCAGUACAUGUUUUUAGCCAUUGGUUUAGUCUUAAUGUUUUCGAGCCUGCUACUGUGGGUCAUUCAGAGAUAUGGUCCUACUUGGAGAAGACGUCGUGCUGAACUAGAGCAAGUGCAAUACACAGAAUAAUGAAGGUUACAAUGCUAUCUUUAUUUUCAAGAAAGAGUAAAUGCG